GAUCGAGUCUUUUUCAAAUCCCUGAAAGUUUUUCAAGUUCAACUUCAAGAAAAGCGAAUUGAGAAGAAGCCUCCCUGCUGAUCAAAAACAACCAGCUUCAACCAGCUGGGUGCGCCUCAUAGUGGUGGCAGAAAAGAUCUGAGGUCUCAAAAGACACAGGAGAAUCUCUUGCAAUACCUUCUCAGUGGCAGUGUAGAGCAGCCGCAGGGCGCCCGGCCUCCGAGCAGCCACACGGUGAUGGAAAGGGAGAACAUUGCUCGAGCACUUGUUACUUUGUGAUGAGAUUGCAGCUGUCUCAGAUUUAAGGAGGCCAAUUUGCCUUGGGUUUGGCUGUCAAUCUGGCAACUAACAUAAGCAACAACUAAACCGCCAGCGCAAGGUUCCCUGGAAUGCACACAGACAGCAUUGCGCACGACGCUGAUCUAACUGAAACUCAUUCACUGACUUCCAGUUCACAGAGUCAAAUGGUUUACAUACCAAUCCUGACAGAGGGCAUGUAACCACAUUUCUACCAGUGCGCCCUUAGCGGCGCUUUCUCUCAAUGGCUACCACUCUUCAGCGCAUCGGUCAGCCGUCAUUUUCCAGCCAGUCACCGUCAUGUAGCUCAAGCAGCCAGGAACUAGGCGCGGCCCAUCUCUCUUCGUCCUGCUAUCACAGCCAAGGGCUCCGGAGGUCCUUGAGCAGAGCCGCCGAUAGCUUCAGAGCAGACAAGAGCUUACGAGCCCGGGGGAUAAGCAGACAAGCUGUGGCUUGCGAGGCGAGUUUGGACGGUUUGGACGAGGUCACUCUGCUGGACUAUGGCGCGGGGAACGUGCGGAGUGUCCGGAAUGCAAUCAAACUGCUGGGGUACAAGGUCCGGGAUGUCGAGAAGCCAAGCGACAUUCUCGACGCGCGCAAGCUCAUCUUCCCCGGCGUCGGCGCGUACGCCUCCGCAAUGGAGGUCCUCCGGAGAAAAGAUCUGAUUGCCCCUGUGAAGGAGUACGUACAAUCCGGCCGAUCCUUCCUUGGGAUCUGCCUAGGCCUACAGCUUCUGUUUGAUGGGAGCGAAGAAAACGAUGGAGUGGAAGGGCUGGGAAUCAUCCCUGGAACGGUGGCCAAGUUCGACACGGCUCUGGGGUUGCCGGUACCGCACAUUGGGUGGAACGGCCUGAGCCAGAAGCAGGAGUCUGCAAUCCUUGCCGGUGUGAAUGGGCGCCACGCCUACUUUGUGCACAGUUACCGGGCCGUCGAAACGCCAGAAAACAGGGACUGGGUGUUGGCGACCAGCGAGUAUGGGGGGGAGUUCGUAAGCGCUGUCAAGAAAGGCGAGGUCGAAGCGGUCCAGUUUCACCCGGAGAAGAGUGGUGCAGUGGGGCUUGACAUUCUGCGACGGUACCUUGGACCCAACCGCUCAGCAGCAGCAGAGGACGUUGAGCGGCAAGCGGAAGCUGCGAAAACGGCGCUACGGAAGCCGGCGCACGCGUUGGCCAAGCGCGUAAUUGCGUGCUUGGACGUCCGAGCGAACGACAACGGGGACUUGGUCGUGACGAAGGGCGACUCGUACGACGUCCGGGAAAAGACCGACUCGCGAGAGGUGCGUAACUUGGGCAAGCCGGUGGAGCUGGCGGGGCGCUAUUUUAAGGAAGGCGCAGACGAGGUCACGUUCCUCAACAUCACCGGAUUCCGGGACUUUCCGCUGGCGGACAUGCCCAUGCUCGAGGUCCUGCAGCGGACGUCCGAGAACGUGUUUGUGCCACUGACGGUCGGCGGGGGCAUCCGCGACUUCACCGACUCCAACGGGAAGCACUACUCCAGCCUCGAAGUCGCUGCGGAGUACUUCCGAUCGGGCGCCGACAAGAUCUCCAUCGGAAGCGAUGCGGUCACUGCUGCGGAAGAGUAUCUAAAAACGGGGAAGAAGACGGGCAAAACGGCGAUCGAGCAGAUCUCGUACGUUUACGGCGCACAAGCGGUGGUUGUGAGCAUCGACCCGCGACGGGUUUACGUGCGAGACCCGAACGAAGUGCCGUACAAAACGACGAAGCUGCGGAAGCUGGGGCCGAACGGCGAGGAGUAUGCGUGGUAUCAAUGCACGGUUAAGGGCGGUCGCGAGGGGCGGCCGAUCGGCGCGUACGAGCUUGCGCAGGCGGUGGAGGCGCUGGGGGCUGGGGAGAUCCUUCUCAACUGCAUCGACGAAGAUGGGCAAGGCGCCGGCUUUGACACCGACCUCGUGAAGCUUGUCUCCGAUGCGGUGUCAAUUCCGGUCAUUGCCAGCAGCGGAGCGGGCUGCCCGGAACACUUCUCUGAGGUCUUCCACAAGACGCGCGCUGCGGCUGCGCUGGCGGCCGGGAUUUUCCACCGGGAAGAGGUCCCCAUCCGGGCGGUAAAAGAGCACUUAGCAGAAGCGCAAGUUGAGACGCGGCUGCUAUAAGCGCUUGUCAGCGCGCGGUUGCGUAUGCUCUUUGGCAUAUUCAAACGGGGCCGGAGUAGGAAAGAGUCAGGCACAGAGCGAGCUAGGACGCGGGCGCGUUUAGGGAGCGUAGUCUUUCUGGCUUAACGAUGUUCCUUUUUACGCUACGCUCCUUACUUACCUGAGAAGAACCAGAUCGGAGGAAUUCUCAGGCCGGGUGUUUGCGGUGUAUUUCCCUGGCGCUUCUUCAACUGGCCCGCAAGCCAUCCGUGCAGAUUUGCCACCUCUGCUUCCCCAUCAUAAAUACUCGCCGGUGCAAGGCAUCGUACGUUGCUAACGUACGAUAAAGCCGCACACACAGUUCGAAGCACAGGUCUACAUCCGACUUCAAAAGUUGAGGACGACUACUACACGGCACUGGCCCGGCGUCAGAUUUAGCUGGGCCGCUGAGAUGAGUUGCGCUAGUAGGAACUUCUUCUAGUAGUAAGCCUAGAAGUCAUGCUGGCCUGCUUUGAUAGGAUACCUCG